AUGCAAGCAACACCAACAAUGGAUAAGGAAACAGCUCUCGCAGCGAUACAAAAGUCCAACUAUGCUGUCUUUUCCAACAUUUCUGAUGAAUUGAAGGAAGAUGCCGAUAUUGUUAGAAUGGCCCUCAAUGUGAUGGGAAGUUACAUCUUUAAUAAGAUUCCUUCCGUUGUGUUUGAGAGGGAUCGUGAUUUGGCCUUACUUGCACUCUCCAAGCAUUGUCCGGAAGAAAAAUUGAUCACCUUACGAAAGAAUGAUAAGGAAUUUGUUUUGGCUGUUUGUAAGAAGAGAAUUUCCAUGCUUCGUUUGGUAGCAAAGGAACUUUGGGAAGAUAAGGAAUUUAUAGAAGGAAUAAUUCCACUUCGUCCAAGUCUUGAACAUUUUCCACUUGAAUUGAGGGAUGAUAAGGAAAUUGUAAAGAGAAUUCUCUCUUCUGAUGGAUCACAAUUUCAAUUUAUUUCAGAAAGAUUGAAAAUGGAUGAUGAAUUAUUAAUGUUAGCAGCUGCUUCAGAUAUCUAUUUAUUUGCCCACACAGCUCCAAGAAUUUUAUCGAAGGAAUUAUGUUUAGAGAUCAUUCAUACUCAAAAGAGUAGUGGCUACUCUUUUCCAGAAUAUUUGAAAAUGGAUAGAGAUAUUGUGAAAGCUCAUUUGACUUACUAUUCUGGAUAUAAUGUGUUUAAUCUUGUCGAUAAGAGUUUCACAGCUGAUGAAGAAAUUGUAACCCAAGUUUUGUGUAGAGACUGUGAAAAGUAUCAAUUUAUCGAUGAUUCCUUAAAGAAUAAUGUGGACUUUAUUGGUAAGAUGUUGGAGCUUGUGCCAUCUUUGUUCAGGUUAUUACCUGUCGAACAAAGAAAGGAAAAAGAAAUUGCAUUGGCAGCAAUGAAGGACGGUAAUAACUUGUCAUUGUUAAGUGAAGAGUUGAGAGAUGAUAAGCAAGUAGUAAUGAAAGCUGUGUCCCAUACUGGUAAAUCAAUUAGAUAUGCUUCAAAGUUAUUGAGACACGACGAACAAGUUAUUGAGGCAGCUCUAUUGAAUGAUCAAGAAGCAUUCGUGGUUCUCUCAAAAUUGGGCGCAGAAAGUAAAUUGGUUGGUACUUAUAGAUUAGCAUUGGAUGUUGGUGAGCAUUCAAAAUACAAUCAUGAUACAGAAUUGUACGAUUUGGUUUUGAGAGAAAAUAAUUCUUUCAAAUAUUUGAAAUGUGAUAUAAGUGAAGAUUAUGAUGCUGGUUAUCCAAGAGUUUCAUACAAGAAGAGCUCUGGAAAUUGGAGAAUUGAUAAAUAUCAAGAAGUAGAAGCAUUGUUUUUGGACGAUCUUCCAUUCAUGUCCUUAACAUUAUUGAAUGAGUGCACUAAAAUCAGUGAAUGUGAAGAAUUAACUGAAGAAGAUUAUGGAACUUACUUUUCUAAAAAGGUUCAAAGAGACAGCUUUAAAUUUUCUGGUGGUGUUUGGUCUGAAAGAUUGUAA